UGCUACAUCCAGCAGAUGGAGUCGUGUUUUCGCGUGUCCCAGUUUCCGUUACAAGAGAAGAAGAAGCACCGGAAGUUGUGUUGUGUAAAUAUGGCGGCGUUGGUUGUUCCUCGCCUUGCCACACUCGGCUCCUUUUCACUAAGACCCCUUUCUUCAUUCGCUGCUCAAAGGGCGGUUGUGCUCAAGAACAGAAACGAUGAAGAAGCUAAGAGUCUGGUUUCAUUCAGAGGGAAAAGCACAGCUGUGGCAGCGAAGCCCACCACGGCAGUGAGCACCAAAGGCGAAUAUGUCAUUACCAAGCUCGAUGACCUGGUGAACUGGGCACGCAGAAGCUCCUUGUGGCCCAUGACCUUUGGCUUGGCGUGUUGUGCUGUGGAGAUGAUGCACAUGGCCGCACCUCGCUAUGACAUGGAUCGCUUCGGGGUUGUGUUUAGAGCCAGCCCUAGGCAGGCUGACGUCAUGAUUGUCGCUGGAACACUCACCAACAAGAUGGCUCCUGCUUUACGCAAGGUGUACGAUCAGAUGCCUGAGCCCAGAUAUGUCAUUUCUAUGGGAAGUUGUGCUAAUGGUGGAGGAUACUAUCACUACUCCUACUCAGUGGUCAGAGGCUGUGACCGGAUCGUCCCUGUGGACAUUUACGUUCCAGGCUGUCCACCAACUGCCGAGGCUCUGCUUUACGGAACGCUGCAGUUACAGAGGAAAAUUAAGCGGGAAAAGAAGAUGAGAAUUUGGUAUCGCAAAUAAGACGUGCUUUCGCAGGUGGUCUGUUGUAAAUGUUUUAUUUAAUGGUAAUAAGUCUGUCAGGAGCUGUUUGCUGUUUAGCUCAGGCUCCUCCUCUUUACAAUAAAGGACUCUCGGUUGAA